UGAAUAACGCUCCACCUACUCUCGGCUACACGUCCUGCCCCGGCUGCUGCUGCUACUGGAUCUACAAAUGGCUUUUGUUCUGUGACAGCCGGAGCCCUGAGUAAUAAUCUCAUUGCUGAGCCUGUGGGAUGUGGCGCUGUCUCUGCGCCGAGAUCUCAGUUCACCAGUGAGCGCCGUUCCCCUCAGCCCUUGUGCUGAACUCUGCGCUUGGGAUCCGGACUCGCUGAAUGAAUUGCAAGUGUUGCAGAGAGGAGCUUGGUCCCAGUGUGGCUUGUCUUGUAUACGGCCGUGCAUUUCUGCGCUCGGGAUCAGCACCUGCUCGGACGAUCUAGUGGAUGUGGCCGGCGGCUUCUCAGAGAAAGGCGCUAAGUGAGAAUCGGUUGGCUAAAAAAGGAAAGGGGGAGGAAGUGUAGCUUGCAGGGGAGCCAGAUUCAAGUAAUAAGUGAAGUCACACGUGUGACUUGUAGUAAGACAUCGCACAGGAAACCAAGUCGCGCACUAGGCAGGACGAUCUGGCCGCUCUGCUUCUGAGAAAGGCAACAUUUGCUCCUCCACAUGUCGGUUCCCGCUGCUCAUUGCACUGCUGUGUCCCCGGCUCCAUCCCCUUAAUCGCGUGUAGCUCGUCCUGACCCCGAGCGCAAGGCACUGCCACCCUGCCCGGUGUAUGCCCCCAGCACAGCCUUCUCUGGGGAUGCCAUGCCCCGCAAGCACGGAGUUGGAGCCGGAGACGAGGGGGGCUCUGGCCUCUGGAUGAAGAGCGGCGCCGGAGGGAGAGGCAGAGAACGAUACUACGGUAUGAAGGAUGUGGAGUCGGGUCGGGGGAGCAGGGUGCUGCUUAACUCUAACCGGGGGGACGGAUUGCUAUUGCUGGGCACCGGGGAUCAUGCCGCCCGAGGAGGAGCGGUAGGUGUCUUGCACGACAGUCGCAGAGGGAAGCAGGGCGCCCGCAUGAGUCUUCUGGGGAAGCCGCUCUCUUAUAACAGCAGCCAGAGCUGCCGGAGGAACGUCAAGUACCGGAAACUGCAAAACUAUCUGUACAACGUGCUGGAGAGACCCCGAGCCUGGGGAUUCGUCUACCACGUCUUCGUUUUUCUCCUAGUCUUCAGCUGCCUGAUUUUGUCAGUGUUUUCCACUAUCCCUGAACAUCAAGACCACGCUUCAUAUUGCCUCUUUGUUUUGGAAUUCGUCAUGAUUGUCGUAUUUGGUUUAGAAUAUAUUAUUCGCAUUUGGUCUGCUGGUUGUUGCUGUCGAUAUCGAGGAUGGCAAGGAAGACUGAGGUUUGCAAGGAAACCAUUCUGUGUAAUAGAUAUCAUUGUCCUCAUUGCAUCAGUGGCAGUUGUUUCUGCUGGAACUCAGGGUAAUAUAUUUGCAACAUCUGCACUUCGAAGUCUUCGAUUCCUACAGAUCCUCCGUAUGGUGCGCAUGGAUCGAAGAGGGGGGACAUGGAAAUUACUAGGCUCUGUGGUUUAUGCACACAGCAAGGAACUCAUCACAGCUUGGUAUAUAGGAUUUCUAGUUCUAAUCUUUUCAUCUUUCCUUGUGUAUCUGGUGGAGAAAGAAGCAAACUCCCAAUUUCAAACAUACGCAGAUGCUUUAUGGUGGGGUACGAUCACAUUGACUACCAUUGGCUAUGGAGAUAAAACCCCCCAGUCAUGGCUCGGAAGGCUUCUUUCAGCUGGAUUUGCUCUGCUUGGAAUUUCUUUUUUUGCAUUACCUGCAGGUAUUCUAGGCUCGGGAUUUGCUUUAAAGGUCCAAGAACAACACAGGCAAAAGCAUUUUGAAAAAAGAAGAAACCCUGCAGCCAGUUUAAUUCAGUGUGUAUGGCGUAGUUAUGCGGCUGAUGAGAAAUCGGUUUCCAUUGCUACCUGGAAGCCUCAUUUGAAGGCCUUGCAUACCUGCAGCCCUACAAAGAAAGAACAAGGCGAGGCAUCUGGCAGCCAGAAGUUAAGUUUUAAAGAACGUGUCCGCAUGGCAAGCCCGAGAGGGCAAAGUAUAAAGGGUAGACAAGCAUCGGUCGGAGAUCGGCGGGCAGCGAAUGCAGAUGUUGCUACUGACGGGAGUCCAACUAAAGUGCAAAAGAGUUGGAGUUUUAAUGAUAGGACACGGUUUCGGCCCUCCCUCAGACUGAAGAGUUCACAACCAAAACCAAUCACUGAUCCGGAUGUCAGCCUUGGGGCAGAUGAAGUUCAUGAUGAGAAAGGAUGUCACUGUGAUGUAUCAGUUGAAGAUCUAACCCCAGCUCUUAAGACUGUCAUACGAGCAGUCAGGAUCAUGAAAUUCCAUGUAGCAAAGAGAAAAUUUAAGGAAACUUUACGCCCUUAUGAUGUGAAAGAUGUCAUUGAGCAGUAUUCUGCUGGCCACCUUGAUAUGCUGUGCCGAAUAAAGAGCCUUCAAACACGCGUUGACCAAAUUCUUGGAAAGGGCCAGGUAUCUACAGAUAAGAAGAGCCGGGAGAAAAACUCAUCAGAGAUUGAAGCAGGUGACGAUAUCAGCAUGUUGGGUCGAGUAGUGAAAGUAGAGAAACAGGUACAGUCCAUCGAGUCGAAGCUAGAUAGCCUACUGGAUAUUUACCAACAGGUCUUAAAGAAAGGAUCUGCCUCAGCCCUGACCUUGGCAACACUUCAGAUGCCACUUUUUGAAUGUGAACAAACUUCAGACUAUCAAAGUCGAAUAGAUGGUAAAGAUGUGUCAAACUCUGCACCACAUAGUUGCUCAAUCACAAGGUCAGCUAGUGCCAACAACCCACGUGGAUUUCAACUCGUACUGACACCAAAUGAAUUUAAUAAUCCUUACUAUGCAUUAAGUCCAGCCAUGCAUAGUCACUCAACACAAGCAUCAUCCAAUUCAAAUGAUGGACCUGCAAUUACAACAAACAGUAUACCAAACCAAAUAAUCCAGGCCUCAAAGCCAGCAACACCAACAACAUUACAAUUACCACCUGCGCCAACUUUAAGGCCUAUCAGCAAACCUGAACCAACUCACAUUAUUCCAUUGACCACAAAAGAAGACAAUUGUGAUGUCACCUCCUGCCUUGUUGCCUCAAAAGAAAACAUACAGCAUGCACAAACAGGUUUAACUAGACAUUUUGUAAGGAGGAAAAGUCUUGAAGCAGAGAGUGGCCUAUUGCCCUCUAAUCCAUUCAUACACAAGGAUUUUAGCAAAUCAUUUUCUGUACAAAAUUUAAUUCAAUCAACAGAAGAGCUAAAUGCUCAGCAUUCGUGUAGUGACUCCAGUGUCUCUAGAGGCAGCCAAGAAAUGUACCCAGAAUGGAAAGAGUCCAAACUGUUUAUAGAAGAUGAAGCGGUAGAGAUAGAGACGUUUGAUGCUGCCUCUCAGUCUACUGUAGAGACUUCUCUGUUAUCUGAUUCUUUGAGGACUGGAAUAUCAAGAUCAUCUCAAAGCAUUUGCAAAACUAGGGAUGGUCCAGAAUCACUUAGCCCUCCUAAUGUUAAACACAAAUAAACCCCGGGUUUUUUAUAGGCUUACAAAAUUCCAUUAGUCAUACAUACCAUUGCAUGAACUCAUUAGAAAGUUCUUAAGAUUAACUGUGCAAGGAUCAGGAAGAUAUUGAAAGGCAGUUCAAUGAGCCCUACCUUCUAGUUGCAUGAAAAUGCAUGCUUCAGUAACGGCUACCCAGAUUUACAAAUUUACCCCUGAAGAACCCUUCAGUGCAGUAAGUAGUUGGUGUAAAGGCCAACAAACCUAUGCAGCUGAAACUGAAACAGUACACAAGUAAAUCGGGAAAUUUUGACUUUUUUACUCUUUCAUGGUACAUAAAUUGAAACUAGAGCACUUCAAAAUUGUUCAAAAGUUGAUGUUUACAACAAAAAUGUUACAGCUGCUAGUAAAGCGCCAUGAAAAGAAGUAACAUUGGGGUUGAUCAGCUGCUAGAUGCAACAGGAUGUACACACUGACUCAUUUCAACCUGUUAUUUUUAAUGCUAACAAGAAAUGAAUGUUAAUUUUCUGUAUAUUUUUGGUGACUUAGUGCUGUGGCAAAAAUGGUGCAUCACUUACAGGUUGAUGGCCCAAGUUCUACAGCAGAAGCAAUUUUUAUUAUGAUUAUUUUAGUUUUUUUUGCUAUAAACUUUUAUUCCAUAUCGAUAACUGUCACUGCAGUCUUAAUGUUACUUGAUGUAUCUGCAAAGGACUUGAACUGAUUCCUGUGAUGUAGGUUCUGCCUCCUCGUGUACUCUGAAGAAGAAGACGCAUACUUGGAUGUGUGUUAUUUACUCACAUAAUGCAUCUUACAUACUAUGUCCAUGUCUAUAAAAAUUGGC